AUGUAAUUAAUCUUUGAUGACACUUAGAUCCAUAAAAAUCCUGAAUAAGUAUCAAUGAUAAAUUGAUUAGUUAAGAAGGGAAAAGUUAGAUAUUAAAAUAAAGACGAUUAAAGCAGAUUUAGCUCCAGGAGUUGUGAAGUACAUGAUGAAGACUAAAAAUAAUGAGAAAUUAUAAACUCCUCUUCAUAAUGCUGAGUAUCAUCAUCCUUACUCUAAACCAUAACUUACAUACUUAAGAACUUUCUAAAAGAUGGAUAUGGAGCCUCCAGUCUAAUUGGAUGAGAUAAGAGAAGAAAAAUGGACCAUUCUAUCAAAAAAUUGUAGGAACAUUUUAGAGAAAUCAAGAAUUAGUUUAGGAAAACCAAAUUAAUCUCACUUUUUUAGGCGAAAUUCAAAUGAAUAAGUUCCUAGUCCUCAAAAAUAAACAAAAAAUAAUAAUAAAUUUUUAACAAGAAGAUAAUCUAUAGACUUAAGAAUAGAAGACAUUAAAUCUUCUUAGUAAUCUCCUGUAGAAUAAAAGGAUAUUUCUCCAACACCUUUGGGAAUAAAAAUGGAUCCCUUCUUUGUUAGAUUUAAGAAAUAUUAUAAAAAAAUUGGAAUUAAUUAAGACGAAUAGCCUAAACCUUAAAAGAACAAGUUUAAAAAACUUUACAAAAAUUCUUAUUCUUAAGAUAAAAUAUACAAAGUCAAUUCUCCUUAAAGAUAAAACUAAAGCUCUAUUUUUUUUCCAUAUGUUUAAUGUUCUCCUUUAGCAACUUAAAAUUGUGGGUUUUAGAAAAAGAAAACCUAAUAACAAUAUUUGUAGGAUAUUUUAAGUUUAUGUAACAUGGCAUAGAAUUUUUAAGCAGAGAUGAAAAAAGAUGACACCUAAAAUUAUUGUGAAUUAAAUUAAAAGGUAGAAUAUAUAAGAUCUGAAUUAAAUAAGUAUCAUAGUAUGAUAAAUAAUGAUUAGGAUUCUACAGAUAAUAUUGAAAUAAAAUGA